GGGUUCGUCAGCUUUUACUUCUCCUUACUUUGGCACAUGUCCCCCAGUCGUCUGACAGAAGCCAGCUUUUCGACCAAACAUCUACACCAUUGAAUCCUUACGACUCACAGUAUCGCAAUCGCAUCGAGCCUCCGAAUCGACGAUAACUUCGAGAUACCCCAGAGACACCCUACCUAAGAUACCCAAGAGAGCGACGGCAUAAACCGCACAGAUGCUUCGCAAGAAAGAGGUCUACACGACCGUCACCCCAAUCCCGGGCUUCAUCCCCCGCCAACUCGGCAUCGAUAUCCUCCACUCCCACUCCGAGGUCAUCACCCUCAACCCCCUCGUCCUCGACCACAAGCCCAUCAAGGCGCCCCGCGAUGCCGCCUCCGACGAGUACUACUCGACAUGGUACGAAAUCACUGAGCGCAUUCAGUACAUCCCCGGCAUCGGCAAGAUGGGUUCCGGCAAGAUCAGCUUCAACGGCUGCUUCCACGAUAUGCCCUGGGGCUUGCAGACACAUACCUACGCGCCCAUGAACAUCGACAUCCGGAUCAAGUACAGAAUCGACGGCAACCAGCCCGGUAUCGAACCGCCCCAGCCGCCCGAAAUCGGCAUGUCCGGGCUCGGUGUCCCAGCUGACGGACUGUACUUGCGCGAGGAUAUCGAGAUCCGCUGCAACAUCACCAUGGUCAACUUCGUCAAGGCGCAGCUCAAGACGGCGAGCAAGGAAAUGGUCUCAAGAAUCAUCAAAAAGGCGGAACUCCUCGAUGCGGGCGUGCUGCAGGCCAUGAUCACAGACGGGAAACUCAAGACCAUUAACCCGGCCGACCGCACUAGCACAGGCAUGUCCGGUGCGCAUUCCCCGUCAUUCAACCAACGCCCCGACGGCAGCCCGAGACCGGAAUCUAAGUCGCCGACAACACCUUACCAAGUCCCAAGACCGGUAUCGAUGCAACAGUUCCGCCCCAGCUCGCAGGGCAGCUAUGGCGCACACCAGAACCAACCCUCGAAGCUCUACUCCCAGCACAGCGCACCAGCUCAAACAUCCUUCAUCGCCGAACUCCCCGGAAACUUCUACCACCCGCAGCAAUCCUCUAACAACCUUCAACCCCCGCAGCCUUCCCCGGGCCUACAGGGCGAUCGCGACUCCAUGUCGCAACAAUCACAACUGUCCCCCGACCCAAACUCAUGGCGCUGGUCCCAGGGCCAACCGAGCCCGUCGCAACAGAGCUCCCGGCCGACGAGCAUGGCGUCGUCCGAGGCGAGCAGCGGGUACGCCAGCCCAGCGCUCGAUCACAAGGGUUUCUCGUCCGAGUUGCCCACGCACUCGGAGACGCAGGAGGAGCACCGCGGGGAUGCUCAUGCCAAGGCGGCGGAGGCGGCGCAGCAUAGGGUCAAGGGCCCGCAGGCGUAUCCGAGCUACGGGCAGGCUUAUGCUUAUAAUCCUGCAGAUUAUGCGCCGAUGAGCAGAUGAUGAGGACCACUUUCGCCAAAUGAAAUUUGCCGGUGUGUGGUAAUGUCAGGAGUUCCGGAAUGCAAUGAGCGAGGAUGGGGCUUGGUUUGGCAAACACUUUCUUUCAAUGAUACCGCUUUGUUUGGGGAUGAGAUAUUAUGUUGUUGUAUUUAUGGGAGAUAUCAACUGGCCAAGAUCAGGCCACCCAGAAAAGGAGUUUCAUCUCUUCAAUCUACUUUAUAAUGUUAUUCUAUGAUUUUACUGCCUACAUGGCCUGAGUGUGUCCGUUUCGGUCUGAUAGUUCUUCCCGUCUUGUGUUACGGCUGGAGGAUUUGUCUGGUAGUAAAUCUACUUCUGUUGAUGUCUUA